UGCAUGGACUGUCUAUGCUCUUAGUGAGGUUCGUUAUCUUGGUGUAGAUAAAUCUGCAGUCUGAAGCCUAAUAUGUGUGUAUAUUUAAAUCCCACAGAAGGUAAGUGAUCUGUGAUCUGUGGUGUUAGAGGCGCAUCUGCGCGUUUGUGGCUCCAGGGUCACACCUUCAGCAGACAGCUGCGCAGGAGGAUGGACGGCGCUUCCCUACAGGCUGUGGGAGCUGCUCUCCGACAACAAGGAUAAGUCAGACACAUUAGAAAAAGUGAGCAGCUGUAAGACUAUUUCAAUAUCUUUAAUUGGGAGGAGAUGCUGCAAGUGCAAGCUCCUCCACUGGGCAUGCUCAAUCUGGUUUGAAACAGGAGCAGAGAGGCUCGGUGUGAAUAACAGGCAGUUUGGGCGUUUUUUUUGAGGAGGUUCGUCGCCCUCUUCAUCCUCGAUUCUCCUUAUUUGGUCUGGUGUACAGAUCUGAGAAGAGGACCGAUCUCCCUUUGAUCUGACUGGGAUAUUUUUCAUCCUGAUCAUGCAUGAAUGACAGCGGUGAAGAUCUGCGCUCUGAUCUUAUCUGCUGAGACAAAGAGCGGCUGUGUGUAGCGGUGGCGUCGCCCAAAGAGCGCGGAGAGGGGAGCGGGCUGAGCUGAGCGUGAGGGAGGCGAGUCUGGAGGCAGCUCCGCGUCUCCAUCAGACGCUGUCCGCUCAGCACCACCGCAGUCACCUUGCUGUGAAAGUCACGAACAACAGGCGACCUGCUGGAUUCAAUGACCCGAUCUGGAAACUGUUGCCGCUUGUGUUUUGUUUUGGGGUUUUUUCAUAUGUGCACAUCUCUGAUCUGGGAGCAAUGUGACGUCCGUUCCUAAUGUGAUCCCAUUGGCUGCACUCUUUUUGGAUGUCUAUUCUAUACCUUCAGCAGAGCCUGGCAAUGUUAAGAGUUUGAAAUCAGCCAGGUGCAUGUCAGGUGCUGGUAAGGAAUACAUGGUAAUAGAGGGAAUGCAUGUCAAACACCACUGAUUUCCUCCCAACUGGCGACUGGUUGCUUUGUGCGUAAUUGAUGUGCGCCCGCCGUUAUAAAGGUACAUCUAGACUGACCUUUGCAAUGAGGGGAACUUAGUGGAGAAAUGCCUAAGGGACGCGAUGGGCCUGAGCGACGACAAGGAUCGCAUUGUGAUAAACGUGGGAGGGAUCAGACAUCAGACAUACCGCAGUACCCUGCGCACCCUACCUGGAACCCGCUUGUCCUGGCUUGCCGAGCCUGACGCGCCCAACCACUUCGACUAUGACGCCAAGAUCGAGGAGUUCUUCUUCGACCGUCACCCGGGCGUUUUUGCACACAUCCUUAAUUACUACAGGACGGGUAAACUGCACUGCCCGGCCGACGUCUGCGGGCCGCUGUAUGAGGAGGAGCUGGCCUUCUGGGGCAUCGAUGAGACAGACGUGGAGCCAUGCUGCUGGAUGACCUAUCGACAGCACCGGGAGGCAGAGGAGGCCCUUGAUAGUUUCGGCGGAGGGGGUCUGUUAGACCUGGGGAGCGAGGAUCCGGAGCCAGAGCCGGAGCAUGAGGAUGAUGAUGAGAUGACAAGGAGGCUGGCGCAGGGGGAUUCACCUGAUGUGAGGAGUGGCAGCCUGUGGAGCCGCUGGCAGAAACGGGUCUGGGCUCUGUUCGAGGAUCCAUACUCUUCAAAAUAUGCCAGGUGGAUCGCUCUGGCCUCGCUUUUCUUCAUUCUGGUGUCGAUCACCACCUUCUGUCUGGAGACCCACGAAGCCUUCAACCCGAUUGUGAACCGCACCGAGACGGAAGUGCUGGACAAUGAAACGGUGGUGAGCACAUACCAGGAGACGGAGACGGCGGCCUACCUCACCUACAUCGAGGGCGUCUGCGUUGUGUGGUUCACUUUUGAGUUCCUGAUGCGAAUAACUUUCUGUCCGAACAAAUUUGACUUCAUUCGGAACGCGCUCAACAUCAUCGACUUUGUGGCCAUCCUGCCCUUCUACCUGGAGGUGAGCCUCAGCGGGCUGUCCUCCAAGGCGGCGAAAGACGUGCUGGGAUUCCUGAGAGUUGUCCGCUUUGUGCGGAUCCUGCGCAUCUUCAAGCUAACCCGUCACUUCGUGGGGCUGCGAGUUCUGGGUCACACUCUGAGGGCCAGCACCAACGAGUUCCUCCUCCUCAUUAUUUUCCUUGCUCUUGGCGUCCUCAUCUUUGCCACAAUGAUCUACUACGCAGAACGCAUCGGCGCCGACCCCAACGACCCGAGAGCCAGUGAGCAUACACAGUUCAAGAACAUCCCAAUCGGAUUCUGGUGGGCGGUGGUGACGAUGACGACCCUCGGCUACGGAGACAUGUACCCUCAGACGACCUUUGGCAUGCUGGUUGGAGCCCUGUGCGCCCUGGCAGGUGUGCUGACCAUCGCCAUGCCAGUACCAGUAAUUGUCAACAACUUUGGAAUGUACUACUCACUGGCAAUGGCUAAACAGAAACUACCAAAGAAAAAAAACAGGCAUAUCCCCAGAGCCCCCCAACCAGGCUCCCCUAACUACUGUAAGUCCAGCAUCAGCUCCCAGCAUCCAAGCCCUAUAGCCCACGACGAUGUGUUUGAGAUCAAAUUUCAAGAUUCCAAGCUGAACGGCGAAGCAGCUAACGCAGCACUGGCCAAUGAAGACUGCCCGCACAUAGACCAGGCCAUUUCUCCGGAGGAGAUCUUCAGCCCCAGCGAGCGAGAGCGGCCCUGCUUCUUGGUCACCACGGCUGAACACCCCAACCACACGGGGGGCAGAGUGAGGAGGGAGAACCAACGACAGCACCGGAGCAGACAACCAACAGAGUCAGUUUGUGUUAUGAACCAUGGUGUUCCAACCACUAUGUGUAUGACCCAUAAUGACCCAUCACCCACUUGAUAGUGCUGUAGCAUUUUUUUUAUGUGUGUAUAACUUAGUAUUUUUAAAUGGGUGUGACAGUGACAACCUGUACAUCACAAACUCAGCAUAGAUGUAGCACUGAGGAAGUUUUGUUGUCAAGCCUUAUGUAGCUCAGUAUCUGUGACUGGUUACUGUGUUGUAAUUUGUGUGCCUAUUUUUCGCUGUGUGCCAGUGCUGUAAAUAUGCUUUGUGUGUGCUGAAUUUGUGCGUUCCAAUGUUUUUGAGCAACCAUCAAAUAUGUGUGUGCUGCUUCUGUUGAAAGGAAAAAAAAAAAAUGUUGCUCCAGAUUUAAGUCACACCCAUGUCAGAAAAAAACAAAAAAACAAAACAACCUAUCAAUUGUCAUGUCAGCCAGACUUAACAGUUGAAAAGAAAUAAUGAACUUUGCACUGUCAUGGUCAUGUCUUUGUAGGGUUUUUGCACUGUUUUGCACCAGUGAAUUUUUAACAUUUCUUCAAUAUAUUUUCAGGCAUCAAAAAAUAAUAUUCACAAGAAACCACUGUUUGUUUCAGAAAGCAUCACUUUAACCUCAAUAGAAUGACGCUUUAGGAUUGCAAGCUCUGGCAUAACAAAUUGAAAGUACUUAAGAUAUUAGAGUUAUACUAGUUUAAAGGACAAAGAGAGCCUAUUUGCAGUGCCUUAAAAAAGUAUGCACAUCCUUUAAACGUCACAUUUUGUCUUGUUGCAACCAGAAACGACACUGUAACUAAAUAGUAUUUUAUGUGGAAAACACAAAGACAGUCCAGACUUUGACUAGGCCAUUCUAACUCGAGGUGCUGUGAUUGAAACCAUUCCAUUUUAAUUAUGUUUGGAAUCGCCGUUCUGUUGGAAGGUGAACCUCCACCGCACUUCCAAACUAAUCCUGACCAGUUUUGCCCCUGCUAAAAACUAAUGUAUCCCCACACCAUAAUGCUGCCACCACCGUCUUUCACGGCGGAUAAGGUGUGUGUAUGGCUUUUUCCAGUAUUAAUUUUCAGCAACAGCUUUUUAAAUACAACCAGGGGCUUCAGUUUUGGUCUCAUCUUACCAAAGAACCUUUUUCUGCAUAUUUGCUCAUUAAAAGAUUCUUGCAAUAUCACAAUCUUGAAUAAAAAUACAACACUUUUACAGUAUCACACAAAAAUGUACAUUAUUAUGGAAAUGCCUAGUGUUUGACACAAUAAACAAAUAAUUUCAAAAUAGCAAAAGUGAUUCAACAUCAUUACUGCAACAGGAAUACAGCCUCUUUUUUAUCUGUAACUACUUUGAUUUCGAUACGGAGAAAAAUUCUGAACAAAAUUAUAAAUUCGUAAGGCGUUAGUAAAUUUAGUCACUGUUUUAAAGUGAUUAGUGUUCAGAAUAUUUAACUUUUUUGUCAUCCUGCUCCUUACAGAAAAACACUGGGAGCAUAACAAGUUUUAAAACCGGACUACCUUAAUCCAACAAGUGGAAAAACCGUUUUAUGUCCCACAUAGUGAGAGCAACAUCUGGUCCCAGCUAAUUUCUUUGACACAAAAAAAGUCUCUUGACUGUAAGAAAAUUUAAGUAGUUUUACAACAAUAAUGUUUUUACUUUUUGGUAUCCCUGAUAGAGUCUUAUCUAUCCCCAACAUGGUUUACAGCAAGCUGCAAACAGAACUUGUUAAUUUCAACAGUGCCUUUCUUCAUGGUAAUCUUCAAUAAAGGAAAACUUAAUAGUUGUUCUGUCGAGACAUUCCUUAGCUGAGAUGUGGAUCUCUGCAGCUCCUCCAGAGAUGCCACCGGCCUCUUGGUUUUUUCAUUAAUGCUCUUUCUUUUGGCCUGUCAGCUUAGCCGGGCAGCCGUGUUUUGUUCAGUUUGGAGUUGUGCCGUACUUUUUACCAUUUUAGAUGACAGACUAGACUUAUAACCUUACUUUAUAACCUAACUCUGCUUUAAGCUUCUCCACAACGUCAUCCGUGAACUUUCUAGCUGGUUCCUUGGCCUUUAUAUUAAUGUUUGUUUGCUGAUGCUUUUUAAAAAAGUCCUUGGGGCCUUCAAAGCUCUAUUUAUACUGCAAUAAAAUUAUGUAUGAAUAAUUUAUUUGCUUCUGAAGGCAAUUGGACGCAGCCAAUUCCAUUUAGGGAUACCAGAGUAAGGUAAAGUGCAAGUUCAUGCCAAACUUUUCAAAUUUUUAUUCAUAUAGUACAUUAAAAAUAUGUUGCUUUCCCUUCAAAAUUAGGUGAUAAAUUUGCAUUAAUAUAAAAAAACCCACUUAUGUUUGUGGUUGUAAGAUGACAUGAAAACGUUUAAGGAGUGCAAACACUUUUUUAAGGCACUGUAGGAUGUACGACUUUGCCAUCACAUACUUCAGACAUCAUGUUAAUGUUAUGUAGUGCAGCUGUGAUUUAAUUGACAAUCAUGUAGAUUUAUUUUUGUUUCUUGUACACAUAUGUGCAUACAGAUAGUAAUAUGUAAUACCAACAAAGGCCAAACUGUUAUCAAUGUGGACAAGUGCCUCUAAUAUGCAAAUUAUUCUUCUCAUUUAGGGGAAUUACAGUGCAUGACUACCUAAUGCACAUUUUAAUUUAACAGUCACCAGCCAUUGAAACUAAUGCUCAAAAUGACAGAUGCAAUAAGGAGCCCUGUAUGGAUCAACCUCCACAGUAAAGCAAUGAGCAUACCUCUUAAAAAAAUAAAAAAAAUAAAAUAAAAAAAACUCAAAGGACCACCAUUUGAGCACAAAAGGUCGAUUCAAUGUUUAUGUGGAAAAAGUUUGUGAAAAGGGACCAACUUCUUACCAAACAACUGCAAACACACUGCCAACAACCUCUUGAGAUCCGCCUGCAUUCAGUUGAAUCUGCCAAAAAUAGCAGGCUGCAGGCUGGCUGAGCACAAACAGGGGGACAGUACGUUGGUCAACGUUUAACAACAGAGAAAACAAAGGAAAGGAAAGAAAGCAAUGGUUAUUGUAUAAAGAGAACCAACAUGACAAAUAUGGCAACUCAUGUGUGCGACUUAGUGAGACCUUAGGGUGUGCGUUUUUGAACACCAUGCGUUUUGUGGCUACUUAUCUCAGUGAGGUGUUCAGUGAUCGUUUUUAUCGGUUUGUUGUUUAGGGAUUUUUGUUUUGUGUGUUUUUUGACCAAUACAGUUCAGACUUGUACAGAAAUAGUGAUAAAUAAAAAACACAGAAAUAAUCAGUAUUCAGUGAGUGUUGAUUUAUUUUAAUUUUUUUUUUUAGCCAUCUGAAGUAAAAAGAAUAAAUAAAUAAAACACAAAUUUCCACUAAUACACUAAUGCAAAUCAACAAACAGAUGACUAAAAAAAGAUUUAACAUAAUUAAAAUGUACAUAUCAAUAAUUUUGAGUGUGUCUCUAUUCAAAUUGCCAACUUCUUCAUAAAUCCCUGUUUAUGAAGUUUUUCCUGACCAAAAUGUGUUAAAAUUUGUUGUUUUUUUAUUCAGAAUGUUCUCAUAGUGGGUAAUUUACCAAAAUUCAAAGUCACAACUAAAAGGCUGUUUUCCUGAAGACCUUAAAUGUCUUCCUGGUUUAAGAUAUCUUAACCAAAUAAAUGAGUGAUUAGCAGACACCUCUAGAUUUUGAUGCGAUGCUUAGGAAAUGCAUUCGAAACAUGCAGGACACCAGGCUACCUAAGCUGGUCAGUGCUUAACUUUGAGAAUUACAUUUAAGACUGCUCAUGAAUUUUUAAGACUGUAGAAACCCUGGUUACAAUCAUUUGGUUU